AAGCAAGCUAGGCAGGAUGCACGAGGAGACAGUACGGCUGAUAGGCUGAUACAAGGAGAAAACGACUAAGGAAUACCAAGCUAGCUCAGUACGUUAUACUGAGAAAUACAUACUAGCACGGUGAGGAAUACACAGGAAUCACCGUCUCUGUACGCCAUAUAGAUAGAGAAAUACAUAGCUACUUCAGUACAACACAGAGGGGAAUACACAGAAAUUGCGGCGCACAACACAUAGUGGAACAGUCGGUUUUGUGCUCCGGUCAUCCUCUCUACUCCGGCUGAUGUGGACUGAUUCAGAGCUGGGCCAUCAUGAUGCCAAUGAACUAUCUGGCCAUUCAUUGACUGACCAACUUAAUACCAGCAUCAUGUCGGUUAACCCUCCAAGCAGCAACGAUGCCUGCCUCAGCAUUGUCCACAGCCUGAUGUGCCACCGGCAGGGUGGAGAGAAUGAGGGCUUUGCUAAGAGGGCCAUUGAAAGCCUGGUGAAGAAACUGAAGGAGAAAAAGGAUGAGCUAGACUCACUCAUCACAGCCAUUACCACCAAUGGUGUCCAUCCUAGCAAGUGUGUCACCAUUCAGAGGACACUGGAUGGACGACUACAGGUCGCAGGAAGGAAAGGUUUUCCCCAUGUUAUAUAUGCCCGGCUAUGGCGCUGGCCUGACCUCCACAAAAAUGAACUCAAGCAUGUCAAGUUCUGCCAGUAUGCCUUUGACCUGAAGUAUGACAAUGUGUGUGUCAAUCCCUACCAUUACGAGAGGGUGGUUUCACCGGGCAUCGUGGGUCUCAGCCUGCAGAAUACAGCCCCCGCAGGCAGACUUAUUAAAGAGGAAUACAUCCAUGAGUGUAGUCAGAUGGACCUCCCACCGGGGAUAUCUUCAUCUGAUCACCAGGGGGCCCUGAAGCUGCCACCUCCUGAACACUAUGGCCAGCCCUUGCCACCCCUGCAACUGCCCUCUGAACCCCACAGACCCCCAUCCGUCACCCGAUACCCUAACCUGCCCAUCUCACCUACAGUGUCCAGCUCCAGUUCCAUGCUAUCUAUGCAAGGUGGGCAUGGUGAAAGUCUACUACAGAUUGCAUCUCCUCAGACUCAGGUCAUGACCCCUGUAACCCCAACACCACGCCCUUCCACACCAACCCAUGGGCCACAUCAGCAGCAGGCUGCCAAACAGCCCUCGCUGCCACCCCAACCUCAGCCACCAUCACUUCCUCCUCAGCCCCAAGGACAGAAUGGAUAUAGCAACAGCAAACACACCCAGAGCCAGCAGGCCACCUUUCAGACAACUUGGACAGGCAGCAGCACAGCCUCCUACACUCCAAUGGGACCCCAGCAGAAUGGGCGUGGCCAUCAACAACCUCCCCUCCAUCAUCCAAACCACUUCUGGUCUCAACAUCAUGGUUCAGCCUCUUUCCUUCCUCCUGUAUCCAAUCAUCCUGGGCCAGAGUUUUGGUGCUCUAUCUCCUACUUUGAGAUGGAUGUUCAAGUUGGAGAGAUGUUUAAGGUGCCAUCCAGCUGCCCUGUAGUGACAGUGGAUGGUUACGUUGACCCCUCGGGGGGGGAUCGUUUUUGCCUGGGGCAGCUAAGUAACGUCCAUCGCACAGACGCCAGUGAAAGAGCCAGGUUACACAUAGGGAAAGGUGUGCAGCUGGAGUGUCGUGGUGAGGGAGAUGUUUGGAUGCGCUGUAUGAGCGACCAUGCUGUGUUCGUACAGAGCUACUACCUUGACAGAGAAGCAGGCCGAGCACCGGGUGAUGCUGUGCACAAGAUCUACCCCGGAGCUUACAUAAAGGUGUUUGACCUGAGGCAGUGCCACAGGCAGAUGCAGCAGCAGGCAGCCACAGCUCAGGCAGCAGCAGCAGCACAAGCAGCCGCCGUCGCAGGAAGCAUCCCUGGUCCAGGCAGUGUUGGAGGCAUCGCACCUGCAGUUAGUCUGUCUGCUGCAGCGGGAAUUGGUGUGGAUGACCUUCGGCGGCUAUGCAUCCUGCGGCUGAGCUUUGUAAAGGGCUGGGGGCCUGACUAUCCACGGCAGAGCAUCAAACACACCCCUUGCUGGGUAGAAGUCCAUUUGCACCGAGCUCUGCAGCUUCUGGAUGAGGUGUUGCACACUAUGCCCUUGGCAGACCCAGGGCCUGUUAACUGAGGAGAGAGAUAAUACUAAAAUUCCAUAAUGAAUUAUGUGAACUUGCACAAACAGACCCCCAUUCAAACACACCUUUGGAAUAUUUUUGCUACAGGCCAAAUACACUCUCAUUAAUACAGAAAAAAUAUGAAUCAAAAGGACACAAAACACACAGUACACAUACAUCCCGUGAUACAUUCUGCUUUUAACAAUCAGUGCACGCAGCCUAAGCACUCAUUCUGUCUCACACGCAAACAUGCAAAGAAGCACAUAUACACACACACACCCUUGGUAACCAAAAUAUGUUUGUUGGCAUGCAGACAUAAAACUACUGAUGUCUUUUUUUCCUCUUUCUUUAUUCUCUCCAAUCUAAACAUGAACACAAAGGGAGCUGGACCUCUGAAGUUCAAGAUUUUGAUUUUAUGUGUACUGAACAAUUCUGUCUUUGUGCCCAUCUAUUCUCUUAAAACAAAGACUGUAUGCACUGUAGAAAUCCAGGGAAGUGUUUCAGAAAUCCAGUUCCCUCAUAUAUGCACUUUGGUAUUCUAUAACAAACAAAGACAGGCCCUGUGCUCAUUAUUCAUGAAAUAUUCACAGACACUUAAAAAACAAGCAGAGACACAGAGGUGACUGAACUCAUAUUAUAGAGGGGCGAAUAAAAAACAAAACAAAACAACAAAAAAACUUUACUGAAGUAACUCAUGAAAUGAGAUCUGGUAAAGCGACUUGGCAAAUGCAGGCUUUCCAGACCUCUGAAACAUGCUUUUAGUGAAUUCACACUAAAAAACAACAACAUUAAAAGUUUUCACUUUUGAAGAACAUAACAGAUGAAUCCAUAUAGAUUCAGGAAGCCAAUAUUUUGUCAUUUCUGUGCUUGUAUUGUGCUCUUCAGUGUAUGGAUCUAAACUAAAGCUAGUUAUCAUUGUCAGCUGGUUAGCCCCUCUUAUACUGCUAAACCAUCCUCAAGUUAAUUUAUUUUCUUACCAAAAGACAAAAAAGCCAAAAACAUUAAGCUUUAAAGUAGUGUUGUUGGUAUUUGUGAUUAAACAGUGCUACCAUGUAUGUAACCAAACUGUUUGCCAUAGGGUGGAAUUCACCAAAGCCAGAAUACCUCAUGAUAACAGUGAAAACUCACGGUUUUAUGUCUUUCUGCCUAAACCUCAGACACUUAACAUUUUCUCCUCUUUUAAGAUUGUCACAGACAGUCUGACAUUAAGCUAUGGUGGGACCCGUAGAUUUGAUCAUGACUGCAAUGCUGUAGUUAUUUAGGCUAGUUUUAAAAUUAUCAGUAUUGUGUGUUGACAGGACUAGAUUAAGGGAUAGGUCACCCAUUUUGAAAAAAUUGAUACUAUUUCAUUUCCCCUCUAGCUGUUCUGUAGGACAGUAGUGGUGCUAUCUUCUUCUCAUUGUUACUGAGUGCUGGAUACUGGCUGGAUGCUCCACAUGCUAACUGUUAGCUACCUAUACCACUGAUGUGGACUUCCCCCUCACUAACAUUCUUUAAACUACCCACCUAAAUCCACUCAAAUUAUUAAAUAAAUUAAAUUUGGGUUUGAUGAUGUGUAGCAGAAUUUCUAUAGCUUGGCACAAACACGCACACACGCCCGCACACACAGACACACACACACACUCACACACACACAAAUCAAUGGUAGAACUAUGUCACUGUGAGUUCUAAGCUCUCUGUGCCAGUCCUCAAUUGUGGUGGCUGGCAGGUACCUGAAAAGUACAUGGAACAUGUCUGAUAAAGGAGAGAGGAAGAAAAGAAGAAGCUAGCUACAACAAUAAACUUGCCAGCUAUCUUUUAGUAUACCGGAGGAAGGUGUUAUUUUCCUCCAAUAUGUGUUCAAUGACAAAACCAAACAACAGCAAACUUAUUUCAAACUCAUUGAAAUAUUAUCAAAUUUAUAGAAAUGGGUGAACUAUCCCUUUAAAUAAUAUGUAUCACAUUGGAACAUUAGUUAUUUGCUACUAACAGUAUUAUAGCAUCAUGGACAUUUGAACUAUAAUAGAUUUGAAGUAACUGCUAGUGGCCAGAAAACCACCAUGAGCCAAUCCAGGGACAGAAACAUGAGCGCUUGUAUUGUCAGGCAAAAUGUCAAACUGCAUUCUGUACAUAUGAUACUAGUGCCUUUCUGUUCUCUUAGUCAGGCUUUUUAGAACAUCUCUUAGGGUGUAUUCACACCUCGCAUAUUUUGAGCACUUGCUUCAAACUCUGAUCUGUGUCCUACUUUAGUCAGGUUUGUUUGACCAGGUGAGAACAACACCAUUCUAACUCAGGUUGCACCAAAUAACCAUAUCCAGAUACUUAAAAAGACCAAUCCCAGUCAUCUUCCAAUAGAAAUGUUUUGGUCUUUGGUAAGAACCAUAAAGAAAAAUUUAUUUUGUUUCAUAUUACUGGUUAUUGUCUGUCAAUGAUUUAGCCUCUGGGGACAACGGCCAAUUUUUCAGGGCUGGUGAUUUGGUGCCGCCAAGUUCAACUGGCAUUGCUCUCAACUGGUCAAACAAACUAAAGUCAGAACACUCCAAUCCGUCCACUGAUCAGUCUUCUGUACUCGCUUAUUCCUAAUCAGAGUCGCACAGGCUGGAACCUAUCCUAGCAUGCACUGGGCAGAAGGCAGGGUUGCACCCUGGACAUUUUGCCAGUCCAUUACAGGGCAAAGAGAAACAAACACCCUGACACCUAAGAACAAUUUAGAGUCUCUAAUUCAGCAAACCUGCAUGUCUUUGGACUGUGGGAGGACACCGGUGCACCUGGGAAGAAAAUGCAAGCUCCACAUAGAAAGAACCAGGGCCAGGAUGUGAACCAAGGGCCUUCUUGUUGUGAGGUGACGUGCAAACAACGGAGCCCCCAUGUUGCCCUAGUUCAAGUAUAAACUGCCCCAAAAAUGCUUGUUGUGAAUACAGCCUUACCUCAUAGUGACAGAUUUACUAUAGAACUGCUAUCUCUUUGCAUACGCUAGACUUGAGUAACUAAAUGCAUAUAUUCAAUGUUUGAAAGGUGAAAUGUUUUGACAUAUCAGAGCUGUGUUAUACUUGGAAUCAUAUAAUUUCUUUGACUAGACCCAAUGUGAAUGAAUGCACCAAUGAUUUUUCCUUAGAAGGAAGCCAGGGUUUAUGGGGUUGAGAGGCCUAACUGCAGUCUCAGCCACGAGCAAAGGAAUAUGAGGAAGCCUUCAAGCAUUUGUCAUCUGAUUGAACUGCUUUACAAGCAUCAGCCACAUGCAUAUUUGUGAUUUGUGCCUUUAGUUGUCAACUAUCAAAGUAGAUGCACCAAACUAGAUUGUAAAGCAAACUUAGUCCUUAAAUGUAGACGUUUCUAUCACAUUUCACAUAGAGUUGUUUUUCACUUUCACUGAGUAUGUUUGCUCGGAAGAAACUGGAAGAUGAACCACACACCUAGUUAACUAGUGAACUGUCUUCUAGCAAUAUUAUAUUAGUCAUACUAUCAGGUUGGAUUUAGAUGGACAAUAUGUGGUUCCCUCAGGUAUCUGUAUAGCCCCAUUUUAGAAUUCACUGUAUUAAAUGCAUCAAACUGGUCCCUUCGGAUAAAAAUAACUUAAAGCAUUCAUGUCACCUGAUUGGUGUUGUUUAUUGCCUUGCUAUUCUAUGAGCAACUAUGUUAAAUAUUAAUGAACCAAAUUUAUGUCAGAUUUAUCUAUUUUCCUUCUCCCACACUGAGGGGAGUAAUGAAAUGUUAAACUACGUUCACUCAGUUGGUGAGCUCAUUUGUUAUCAAAUGUUCCUCCUAUUUUGCCCCAUUACAUAACUUUUGCUCACAUUGAAUCACUUCUAUGUGUCCAUGAUGUUUUUGCAAUUAGUUCCUGUGCUUUGCUACUCUUUACAUCACUAUUUGUAAAUGCGCUAAAAAUGUUGAAAAAAAUAAACCAAAGUCUAUAUAACUUCA